AUGGCACGUUUCCUAAUGGGUAAGGCUAUGGCAGGGCUGCGUACCUGUACGGAAUGGCCGUAUUUUGGUACGACUGAAUUCCCGACUUUACGGAAUACGGUUUUUACCGUCAUGGGGCGUGGCAUCUCGUGGAAGGAUAUCAAAACAAUUGAACAGAAAAAUGCCUAUCGGAAGCAUAAAUUAGGAAUAUUUAGCUUACGUCAGGAGAAGAAUGUGCUGACAGGAAAAGAAGAACUUCGCAUUGUGCAUCAGGAAACUGGUUUAACGGUCCCAAAGCAAUCUGAGUUAACAGACUUGGUAGAAUAUUUCCAAUGCAAGUUUGAACGAAAGGCUGCAAAGGAACUGGCAAUGGGAAUAAGUUAUAAAAACAAGAAUCAACUGCACUGUCCAACAUGCGGCACAAUUGCGACUUCACUUGCUUCACUCUCUGCUCAUUUACGAAUCCAUCGAGGAGAACGUCCGCAUCCAUGUUCAGUUUGUAAUAAAAGAUUUAACACAGCCUGGGAAUUGACACAACAUUUACGUAUUCAUACAGGGGAGAAACCAUAUUCAUGCAAGAUUUGUGGGAAGAAAUUUACCCAGAGAAGUAACAUGAGGAGCCAUCAGAUUCUUUAUGAAACUUCAGUGAUGGAGAUUCCAACUCAAAGUCAAAAUUUUGGUGAUAAGUCUGCCUCUCAUCAUGCACAUCGUAAAAAGGAUCAAAGAGAGUUGCCACUUUCGUGUUCAGUGUGUUUUAAACGGUUUCGUGCUAACUCGACUUUGACUGAUCAUAUGCGUACUCAUACAGGAGAGAAACCGUUCGCAUGUAGUAUUUGUGGCAAAACAUUCAAACGGAAAGGCCACGUGAAUGCACAUCAAGUCACGCAUAUGAAAGUUUGACAAACAGGACAAUGAAUCACGGAUGUGGUAGCUGCAUGUCAUGUUGUAUCUCUGCAUGUAAGCUUCCAUCAUAUGUCAGCCUGAACACAACACUGGUGACAUGUUAACACAGUAGUCCCAUUUGUCCGAAUGAUACAAUAUUCAAGAAAUUACAAAACUGACCAAAGUGUCUUUGUAUCUUACAGAUCCGUUUUGCAGCUUUUAUGAGGAUGAACCCACUUCAAAGUCGAACUUUUGAUUCAAAUAUUGCCUCUGAUCUUCAAAUCUAUCAAAGACUG